UAAUUUCAAUCAGAAAUACGAUAGCAAGACAACAUACCGAUGUCGAGGUUCCAAUAAUUCUGCAGUUCGAGAAAAAUUUAAUUGAUUUAGUUUAAAGAGCCGGCAGUAGAAUGGCUGAAGUAUUCACGAAAUCUGAAGAUUUGUGGAAUCCGUACAAGGACCUCCAAGAUAUUGUAUUUAGACAUCUCACUCAGAGUUCCUUAAAUCUUUGUAAUUCUGAGUUAGAAAGUGCACUUCGGAAACAUAAACAGAGUUUUUUCUCCUUACUUAAAAAUCCGCCUAAAAAUGCCAAGAGCAGAGAAGACAUAAAGAAGGGUAUGACCGAAGGAAUAACAGUACGUGGUUUAGGUCAUCAAAUAUUAUCGCAAGAGUUGUACCAAGAGACAAUAAUAAUUUCUGAUAUGUUUGAUAUAAAUGAAUUUGUUGCUCUGGACUUACUGUGUACUGCACAGCUCCAAGUAACUUAUCAUCCUGGUUUACCUAGAGGUUUAGUAGCGGUCCUCCUAUACUACGAUGGUAGAAAGGCUUUACUCUCAGCCUUAAAAUGUCUUGUUCAAGCCAGGAAUGGAGUGCAAUGGUCUGUCAAUAUCAAGGAAGAGGUAGCAAGAUUCAUCACAAUCUAUACUGAUCAGCUGAUGGAAGGUGGACUAUUUACUAGAAUUUUUGAAUUAUUGAGGGAAUUAGACCUAAGUAAAGAACUAGAAAAAUUACAUCAGAAUGUUGCAUUGGGGGGUCCCAAACAUAGAAAACAGGUUAAGGAUUUAUUUCUGGAUAUUAGAAACCUUUUGGGAGAUAUAGUAUUCAUUUGGGCCACACAGAGUGGCCUUCCAAAAGCGCCUACCUUAGCCCUUAUAGAUUAUCUGAAAGAAGUUAAAGGUGAAGAAGAAGCAUCAGGAAAACUGGACUCCGUAAAUUUGACCUUACAGAUGGCCUUACUAUCUGCCUUAGAUCUCAGUAUUCUUCAUACAAGAGAAGAUGGUGAAGAAGUAGUAAAAAGCCUUCCUAUUCUUUCCCAAAAACAUUAUUUGGAGUAUAUUAUCAAAGAAUUUGGACCAAAUAAGCCAAAAUGGAAUUGUGCAGGGCUGGAGGCCUUAUCUACUUUUGGAGUAGCUGUUUGUAUAGCUUCGCUAAAGUUACUUUGUCAAAAUCAACAAUUCCAAGAAUUUAUUGGAAAAGAGGAGAUCUUCAUUGACAAAGCUAUCGAGAUGAAUGUUUUUGACUUCUUGAAUAAUAUGGUGCUGGAUUGUAAACUUUUAUACGAGGAUGAAUUUAUGUAUAAAAGGAUGCACUACUUACUUACCGAUUUCAUAGUUUAUCUAUACCCAAAAGUGAAGGAAUUGAGGAUCAAAGCAGAUGAAUCGGCUAGAACUAUACAAGUGUACAUACGUGAAGGUUUAGAAGCUCCAGUUAGUCUUCCAAGACAUUUUGAAAACCUCCUUCUUUCCAUCGCUAAAUUGUACCAAGGUAACAAACUGAAAAAUACGUAUGUUUUGGACUAUUGGAGUCCCAUUGAAAUAAAUCCCGAUCAGUCAUACUCUUACCAUGCUCCACCAAGGGCGGUUUCUUUAUUCAAGUUUGUAAGGUUUGCUGGAGAUAUGCUGCCUUCUACGUUGUUCGUGCCUUAUGUCACUUUUCUCAGCAGUCUUUCGACAUGCCAACAAGCUGCUAGGAAUUGCUUCAAUAUGCUGAAGCAGGUCGGUCUCCUGCCUAGCUCCACCAUAUCCUGGGAUCACUUUUUCAUCUCGUUCGCUCAGUACUACUCCAAUCUUAGAGAAGAAACACCCCCAUUAACGGACACCAUUUACGGCCAGAAAGGGUCAUAUCACAGAGCAGUUUCACCGUUAGAAAUAAAAGGCCUACAAUCCGUUCUCCUCCUCAUCAGAACUGUCGCGGAACACGAUGAAUUUUCGAGGUUGGCUCUAUGUGAGCAUCCAGGAUGGGCCCCCUUAACUGUCCUUCUUGGUUUAGUGGGAUGUUCCAUACCGAUUCCCUUGAAGGCGGAAUUGUUACUGACCUUGGCAACACUUUCGAAAUCGCCAGAAAACGCUUCACAGAUGUGGGAGAACCUUGAAGCAUCCCAAAUACUCAUCACAAUACCCUCGAUUUCUGGGUAUACUCCGAGAGGUAUCGAAACCGAAUUAGAAGAAGUAGAGUCUAGAGAUGAAGAAUAUCCACUUACGAAGGCCUUCUUGAAUCUGCUGGAUAGUUUAACAGAUUUCGGUAUUCCGAGAAUGUUGGGCGCGGGACCAAGAAAACCUGGAUUCACUCCCUACUUAACUUUCAUUGUUAAUUCUGUGUUUCUGCGUUACCACACUAGGUCCUACAAAGAUCCUUCUGAAAAGUGGGAGGUGGCCAUGCUGUGUUUGAAACUGUUCGAGAAAUUCUUGAAGCAUUACGAUCCACAAAUAGCCGACAUUUCACCAGAUGACACCACCAAAGAAUUCCACACUCCCCCUGGUUUUCACCUGAUGAUACAAUUCAACAACAAAACCGACUUGUUAAAUCUGAUUUUGGACAUAGUGAAUGAUGGUUGCAACUUUUUCAGUCAGUUCGUUUCGUUUCCCGGUGAGGAGAUGCUCAAGCUAUGUGUGCUGCACUGUUUGAAUAUCAUCCAUAGGGUUCUUCUACUACAAGGAUCAUUCUCUAACAUAGUAGCAGCUUCUUCUGAGCCCAUAUUGCUCACGGGAAUGAUGAAACUUCUGCUAACCAUCAACAGGAGAAGUGGAAAACCGGAUCAUUGCAUAAACAUAGCGAAAUAUGUCAACUGUCAUUACCAUCUGUCGGAGCAUUCCAACAGUGCUGUGAAAGUUUUGAGGUUAGUUCUGAGCUCUCCAGUAGCCCACAGCCACUUUGUUAGUAUGCUGUUUUCAAUGGAGGACGUCGCGAAGGAUAUCAAAUUUGGUUUUAUAGAAUGCUUGGAUGAAGCUCUAACGGAAGAUAACGAACAAUUGAAUUUAAGUACAAAACUGGAGAUCUUAAAACUACUGAAGCAGUGUGUGGUGUUCAAUGCGCCCAAUUUCUCACAUUAUCUGCUCGGAUUUGAUAUCAAGCAGGAUAUAUCGAAAUCCAAUUUGUUAUUACCUGGUGUGAACGAUUAUCCAAGAUCAUGCUUACAUUCGAUUUUCGUUCUAUUCAACAUCGCCAUCAGAGAAUCUAUUCCGGAUCAGUUAUUGGAAUCUAUUUACAACAUGUUACAUAUUUUAUGUUCGAACGCUAAAACUUCGGGUCCUGUCUUGAGAUUCAUCAAAUCCAAUGAGAAUUUCUUCAUAACUCAUCUCAAAUUCUGUUAUAAGCAUUUGAAGAGCAUGCAGUCUCUGAGACAAGCGUCUUGGUUGAUGAAAACCGUGGCUAUUGAACUAAAAGUGUGCAGUACAAGUAAACAAGUGAAAUACUUGAAACAGUUAUCAAAUUUCCUCACAGGUUAUCCGUCUUAUGAUAUCGGAGUAUGCAAUGACACAUUUGCAUUGAUAUCGAAGCCCAGCCUAUCGGAUUCUGGACCUGCGUUCGCCCCCAUAUCAUUUGACGAACCAGAUUUUUUCAUGUUGAACCUAACAGAACAUUUCGAAGCGAAAGAAACCGAAACAGAGAUGCCAAGUUGGGAAAUUUUCAAUACAACAGUGUUAGAAAAUUUGCUUAAAAGUUGCCAAACAGAAAGCACUCCGAAAUUGAUAAACAUAAAGAAACUGCACCAAAUCCUAAAUGAUGAACUGAAAAACUUUCAAGGAACUGCUAUAAUCGGACAAAUGCAGGCAAUAAAUCAAGAAAUACCAAAAGUAUUGAAAUAUGCUUUGGAAGUGAAUAAAUGCAGAGAAGAAAGCGCUGCUGUUGUUCAGUUUGUGGAAGCCUGGUGUCAAAUAAUCGAUGUUAUUGUCCUCUACAUUCCGUUCGAGAUAUUAUCGCCAAUCGAUAAGCAAUAUUUGUGCAUACAGUUGCUGGUUAAAUUGCUUAAAACUGUGACAGUUGUUGAUAUUGUUAGUGAUGCAAACAAGUUGUUGUCAGGUACAAUUCUUUUAUUGUUAAGUAACUUACAACAGUGCCAUAUACAGGAGAAGAAAUUGAACAAAAUGUCUGUAAAUUCAAAGAAAGAUUUAUAUGUUAUACAAGCAAAUGCUGAUACAUUGAAAGAAAUUUUAAGGCUAUUAAUGAAAUGGAUACUUGCAUCGAAUAUUGUGAGUGAAAAAUUGAGAAUCAAUAUCUAUGCUUGCCUGAUGAUUUUCCUACAGCUAACACAUAUCGACCAAGAAAAUGAAGGUUUAUUUGUUGCAAAUAGCUCGUUUGUUAGCCGACUUGAUAGCUCUCGGUUGAACUUAACGCAGCUAGAUGAUACCACAAUAAAUAUGCCAACAGAUGUUAUAAACGAUUUUGGAGAAAAACUCGUUGAAAUUCUUUGUCAUGAUUGUAUAAGUUCCCAUGAUAUGUGCAAAGUACUAGCGAUGACCAGCUUAGGACAGCUUUUAUAUUUGACAGGAAACAUGAACUGGAUAGCAUUCAUGUCGGGAAGAGGCUAUAUAAAACACAUAAUUCAAAGUAUAUUUGAAAGUGAUAAAGAUUUGCUGAAUUUGUUGGAGCCUUCAUCGAAUAAUAUUAAAGUUCUUUACGUUUAUUCUGCCAAAAUUGCGUUUUUGAUCAAAUUGGCAGGUAACAGGAUGGGCGCUGAACUCUUACUAGAACACAACCUAUUGUCGUGUUUGAGUAACAUGAAAGUUUUCGGACAUCAUCCUGAAAUAAACAAGACCUGGGACUUCAAGGAAGAUAUCAGUCAGUUUGCACCGUCUUUGGAGGAACAAUAUUUACAAAUAUGGCUGCCAACUUUUGAUCUUUGUAAUGCAUUACUAACGACUUUGGGUUGCGACAAUAAGUCGGCUUUAGUUCAAAUACUUUUUUAUGUUCUCAGCCAUAUGGAUGUCGUUGAAUUGGUGUUGAGGUCUGGAAGUCCAGAAUUGUCCACUGUAUCUUUAAAAGAACUGUCUCUUGUUACUUUCGUUCUUUCCAGAAGUGCAAAUAACGAACUAAUCAACAUAAUGGAGAAUCCCGAUUUGAUUCAGAGCAAUCGCGCCCAGUUAUACCGAUUGCAGAAAUUGAUAUUUGCUCUUUUGCCCAAAUUCAUCCUCACUGAAUCAGUAAUAAGAAAUUUGAUUCACAACGCUUCCAACAGCAUGCUGAAUACUUACCAGACGUCGCAAAGGCUACUUUACGGAAUGCAAGUCAUUUGCAAUUUAUUGUCCUAUUGUAGAAGCAUUGUGGCCAAUCACGGCAUUGAUCAUACAGGAGUGGGGGUGAUCUUUGAGCCAUCGUUGAAUACAACCAGCAACACUCAGAGUGCCUAUGAACAGACUCCUUCGUUGGGUGUUAUUGUGCAGCAUCUGAUCAGUGCAGUGAGUUACCACCAUCAAGAAAAGGUGACUUUGGAUAGACUUCACAGAAAAAUCAAAGAUAUACCAGAAAUGAGUUCAAUGGAUCUUAGGGAAUUCGUGAAUGAAUCUCUCAAACUUCAAGAUUUGACUUCAAUGAGAGAGCACAUCCUUGAUUUUACUCGGGAGAAAUUGGAGAGUAAGGAGAGGGAAAUUAAAUAUUGUACUUUUAUUAUUGAGCAUGCCCUGUACCUAACUUGGGUACACUUGGAUUAUUAUAUGCUGAAAGCCAUACCCAGAGCGAAACAUUUUGGACCAAUGGUUACCAGAAAUACAAACAACUUGAAUGAAUCCCUGCCAACUGCUAUGGAGGCUACAUGGAAAGUGUCAACAGAUGAUAUAAGCAACCUCAAACAAGGCCUUGUAUCAAUUUUCAAUGACAGUUUUACAAAGCAGCUAUUGGAGACUCUUCAAGAUCUGCCAGAAUCCGAUAAAGGUCUUGCUGAAGCACUAUUGAGGAAAAUCAAACGCCUAAUUCAGUUUGUCCCUGUGAAAUAAAAAUAUUAAAUUUUGUAUAAUCGAAUUCAUAAUAAAACAAUUAAGGAAA